AUGGCUACUCCUCCUGUACUCGCUUUUGACACUGAGGGCCGCCCAGUGAAGUUUGACACCUGGCUUGAUGACCUGCACCUCUACCUACAGCUCACUGCCAAGGAAGAUAUUUCACUGUACGAUCACGCCCUAGGCCACGCUACUGCCCCUCCUACUACUGCUGACAGCACUCAGCGCUCACAGUGGCAGACUCGUGACGCUCACGCUCGCUUUGCCAUUCGCAACUCCCUGCCGCUAGAUGAGCGCGAGCACUUUGGCCAGCACAAGACUGCUAAGGACCUGUACACUGCUGUAGUUGCUCGCUACUCCUCGCCUGCUUCUGCCGCACUAGGCCGCCUCUCCCUCCCCUACCUGUUCCCCGACCUGGCCUCCUUCCACACCGUUGCUGACCUCAUCACCCACCUCAAGACUAGUGAGGCCCGCUUCCGCGCUGCUAUGCCUGCCGAGUUCCUAGCUAACGACUCCCCCCCGCUCUGGCUCGUUCUCUACCACCUAGUCACCCGCCUCCCUGACUCUCUGCGCGCAGUCAGGGACCAGUUUCUAGCUCGCUGCCCCACUGAGCUCACCAUUGCCCUCCUCGAGAAGGAGCUACUUGCAGCCGAGGCGAGUGUCGUCGCUGUAGGUGCCUCUCGUGGUGACCCCCGCACUCCUUUCUUUGAGGGGUGUUCCCCUUCCCCCCUCCUUCCCUCUGUCGCCUCUGCUUCUGCUGUCGACCUUCUUGGUGCUGAGAAGGUCGGGACCGCGUCUGCUUCGAGCGGGCGCCGCAGGACGAGAGGGGGCAAGGGUGGAGGUGGCGGCGGGGGCGGUGGGAGUGGAGGAGGGGCUGGAGAGGCUAGUGGCGGCAGUGGGGGUGGUGACGGCAGCGGCGGGGGUGGUGGCAGGGGCGGGGGCGGCGGUGGGGGCGGAGGUGGUCGUGGCAGCGGCAGGGGAGGCGGUGGUCGCGGAGGUGGCGGCAGUGGUGGUGGCCGUGGAGGCGCUGGCGGUGGUCUGAGCCAGCAGCACACUCCGUCGCUCCAGGAGGCCCGUGAGUGGUAUGCCCAGCGUCUUAGCUGCACGUAUGUCAUCCGCACUGGUGACCGCACUGGUCAGCAGUGUGGGAGGCCGCACCCCACGCAGCGCUGUUUCGCGCGCCUUACCGACGCUUGGCGCACCCAGUUCCCUGAUGGCGCUGAGCUGCCCCGCUGGGCUGAUCUGGAGAGGAAGGGGGUUGAUAUCUGGGCUCUAGACUUUGAUGCUAUUCUCACUGCCAUGUAUGCCAUGUUUACUAGUGGAGAGGGUGCUCAGUACUUGUGUGUUCCGCCCGACCCGGGCAUUCUGACCAGUGAGACUGCCGCUCCAGGUGCUAGUGAGACUGCCGCUGCAGGUACUUGCGUGUCUGCUCCCUCAGGUGAUGGUGAGGCUGUCGCUCUAGGUGCUCGUGCGUCUGUCCCCCCUGGUACUGAGUCGACUGAGGCACUGCACACCUUCACCCUGGACUCAGGUGCUUCACGCUGUUUCUUUCGUGACCGCACUGUCCUUGAGCCACUUGCUCGGCCAGUUGCUGUCUCCCUCGCUGACCCCUCUGGGGGUCCGGUCAUUGCGACCUCCUCCACUGUCCUUCCCUGUCCGGCGGUCCCGUCCGGCACACUGUCAGGGCUCUACCUCCCCUCGUUCUCUACGAACUUGGUGGCAGGUAGCGCGCUCCAGGACGGGGGUGUUCACCAGUUCACCCCUGCCUACGAGCGUGUGACACACUGCACGUGUGCUCGGACGGGUCGUCACCUGGCUACCUUCACUCGGGAGCCAGGGUCGGACCUGUACACACUGACCACUGGGUCCCCACAGGUGGCUGCGUCUGCGUCUGCGUCAGGUCAGCUGUCCGCCCCCUGCUCGUGUCGGUCUCUCGCGCACGACACCGUCCUCUGGCACCACCGACUUGGCCACCCGUCCGUGCAGCGCCUUCGGACCAUGCACCAGCGGUACCUUGUUUCUGGUCUUCCCAGGGUUCUCCCUCCCCUCCCACCCUCGCCGGCUCCUCCCUGUAUUCCCUGUGUCGAGGGGCGGCAGCGCGCCGCUCCUCACUCUUCUGCGUUUCCCCCGACGGAGGCUCCUCUGCAGACACUCCACCUGGACGUGUGGGGCCCCGCCCGCGUCCGUGGACAGGGCGGGGAGCGCUACUUUCUGCUGGUAGUUGACGACUACACGCGCUACACCACGGUCUUCCCCUUGCGCACCAAGGGUGAGGUCCCUGAUGUCUUGAUCCCUUGGAUCCGCGCUACUCGUCUCCAGCUGGAGCGGCGCUUUCGCUCGGACCUUCCGGUCCUGCGACUGCACUCUGAUAGGGGCGGUGAGUUUUCCUCCGACCUCUUGCGCGCCUUCUGUCAGGAGGAGGGCAUUGAGCAGACGUUCACGCUUCCGGCCUCUCCGCAGCAGAAUGGGGUUGCUGAGCGCCGCAUUGGCCUGGUCAUGGAGGUCGCUCGUACCUCCUUGGUCCAUGCGGCUGCCCCCCAUUUUCUGUGGCCGUUUGCUGUCCGGUACGCCGCGCAUCAGCUCAACCUCUGGCCCCGUGUCUCCGCUCCGGAGACCUCGCCGACACUGCGUUGGACGGGAGAGGUUGGCGAUGCGUCGGUGUUCCGCGUCUGGGGAUCUCGUGCCUUUGUCCGCGACACGUCCGCGGACAAGCUCUCUCGUCGAGCUGUCCCCUGUGUCUUCCUUGGUUUUGUCCCUGACGCGUCUGGCUGGCAGUUUUACCACCCUGCCUCGCGUCGUGUCUUCCCCUCUCAGGACGUCACGUUCGACGAGUCGGUCCCCUUCUACCGUCUCUUCCCCUACCGCACUGCCCCGCUCCCCCCUCCGCCUCUCUUCCUCGCGCCAGGUGCUGCUGUUGUAGAGCCCCUCCCCCCUCAGGGUGCCGCUCCCUCAGGUGUGUCUCAGGUAGACCCCGUUGAGCCUGUCGAGGUAGCCGUCGAGUCGCGUCCUCCUCGGGGUACUGAGCCUGGGGGUGCUGAGCCUGGGGGUGCUGAGACUGGGGGUGCUGAGCCUGGAGGUGCUGAGUCUGGAGGUGCUGAGACUGGGGGUGCUGAGCCUGGAGGUGCGGAGCCUGGAGGUGCUGAGCCUGGAGGUGCUGAGCCUGGAGGUGCUGAGACUGGGGGUGCUGAGUCUGGGGGUGCUGAGUCUGGUGGUGCUGAGCCUGAGCGUGCUACACCUGGAGGAGCCCUCUCCUCCCAGCAGCUGCAGGAGAGGUACCUCCGGUACUGCAGCCUCCGGAGGGGUGCUCCUGGCGCCGGUACCCGUGCUUCCCCACCUCCCCGGGAGCUCCCCUCCCUUCAGCAGAUCCGAGAGUGGUACACGCGGCGCUGCAGUCUUCGGAGUGGAGCCCCUGGUGCCGCGGACCCGGACGGUGGAGCUGCUGCUGGUGCUGAGGACCCGGACGGUGGAGCUGCUGCUGGUGCUGGGGACCCGGACGGUGGAGCUGCUACUGGUGCUGAGGACCCGGACGGUGGAGCUGCUGCUGGUGCUGAGGACGCGGACGGUGGAGCUGCUGCUGGUGCUGAGGCCCCGGGCGGUGGAGCUGCUGCUGGUGCUGCGGACCCGGCCGGUGGAGCUGCUGCUGGUGUUGCGGACCCUGGAAGUCCACAGGCACCUACGUCGACGAGGUUCCCCCACCUGGGGCGAACAUCGUCAGUGGCAUGUGGAUUUUCAGGGUGA